AUGGAUUAUCAAAGAUUUAUUAGUGAGCGUAGUAAGGCAAGAAAGCCUUCAGCAAUUCGUGCUAUUUCCCCUUACCUUCAUCAAAAGGGCAUGAUUUCGUUGGGUGCUGGCCAACCUAAUCCAUCUACCUUCCCCUUUGCAGGCAUGACCAUCACGCUUAAAACAGGCGAAAAAAUUGAAAUCGACGAUGAACUAUUUAGCCGCUCUCUGUCUUAUGAUUUGACCCCUGGGUUACCCCAUUUGAACGACUGGUUACGUGAAUUACAAAAUAUCGAACACAAACCUCCGGUGGAUUUUGAUCUUUCGAUUGGUUCUGGUUCUCAGGAUCUUCUAACAAAGGCAUUUGAUAUGCUGAUGAACGAUGGUGACUCCAUGUUGAUCGAAAAUCCUACAUAUACUGGCUGUCUUUCUUUUCUUAAAACGCUUCAAUGCGAUCUUGCCGAUGUGGCUACUGACGCUUAUGGUAUUGUACCCGAAGCAUUAGAAAAUAUGCUUGCCAACUGGCCCGAGACAAAUCCUAGCGGUAAGAAGGAUCAACCUCGACCCCGCUGUCUGUACACGAUCCCCAGUGGUGGUAAUCCUACAGGCGCUACUGCCACUCUGGAUCGAAAGCAAGCCGUAUAUAACAUUUGCCACAAAUACGAUGUCUUAAUUAUCGAAGAUGAUGCGUAUUAUUAUUUACAAUAUGGAUCUGAGCGUAUACCAUCUUACUUGUCACUGGAUUUAGAUGGUCGUGUCCUUCGUUGUGAUAGUAUGAGCAAAAUUCUUUCUGCUGGUCUACGAAUCGGCUGGAUUACAGGCCCUAAAGUUUUGUUAGAUCGUAUAAAUAUGCAUACAAUGGUAACAAAUUUACAACCUUCUGGGGUUCCACAAGUGAUGGCAUAUCAGCUUUUGGAUAAAUGGGGACAUGCUGGCUUUUUUGAUCAUGUGGACGAAGUAGCUUCCUUCUACCGUCAGAAACGUGAUGAGUUUGUAGAGUGUUUAGAUCGCAGAAUGAAGGGUAGAGCAGAGUGGGUAGUUCCCAAUGCUGGUAUGUUUGUCUGGCUUCGUUUGCUGGGCGGCAUUACGGACUCUUAUGAUUUGGUUAUGACAAAAGCAUUAAAGGAAAAUGUCCUUGCAAUCCCCGGUGUAGCAUUUAUGCCCCAAGGAGGAAAGACAGAAUAUGUUCGUGUUUCAUUCAGUAAUGUCUCAAAAGAUAAUAUGGAUGAAGCUCUUCGUAGAUUAGCCUCAGUUGUAGAUCAAGAAGCACUGAUUAACGGCGCUCCUAUUCAAUCCGUUUAA